UCGUUCACUCGUGCAUCUCCACACAGCGGCACUUUUUUCUGGACCGUUUGCAGAAAUAAACAUCGCCGCACGGAAACUCGCCGUCGCAGUCAUCGUCUUCCAGCGACUCACAGUCGCGCGAGCACACACACAACUGCAAUGUAGAGUUCCACGCCCGAAACCCACUGCACAAUAGAGAGAGAGAGAGAGAGGGGAGACGCUCGUGCAAACCCUAGAGAGUUUAGUCAGUCAGUCAUACUCACGGUGGGUAGCAGCCCCCCGAGCGAAGUGUGCAUUCUUCUCUGGGAAGGUCCUCGACGUCCCUCACGCUGCACUUGCAUUUGUUGUCUUCAUCGUUCCUGAUGAUUGAGUGCGUGGCAAGGCACACACCAUAGAGGCACCACAUGGCACACAGGGAUGGAACUGAACCUACUCACCACUCGCAGAGGCCCGUGCCGUCCAAACCGCACCCCUCCCGCUCAGCUUUCAUGAACCCAGUGCACUUGUCCUUGGUCUCCAGCUCUUGGCACCGGCCCGAAUAAGCUCCAUGGUCAUGUUCGAGGGACGUGCCAUUACUGCGGCGAAUGCCUGAAAUGCCACAUAGAGAGAGACACCACACGUGACUGUCUCACUCUGUCUGAUGGUCGAUGGGCGCUUACUCUUCAGCCGAUUGUUGCAGGCGGCGUGCACACGAGCCCCGAGAUGAAUUGCGAUGACCAGCAGGCACGGGAAGGGCCUCAUCACCUCUGAGCCCCACUGCAGUUUGCUCGUGCUGAGAUGAUAUCAAUUCUAUGUAUGGUUUGAGGCACAGGAAACGGCUCAAAACUGAAUGAGUGGAAUAGAAUAGGGAUGAACGGGAUACGCCGCAACGGGGUGAAA